AUGCCUAUCCAAGGGUUCCAAUGGGGAAAUCAGUCGGACUCGUCUCUCGGUGGCUUCCAGCUUGAAACUGGACCCACAGAGAUGGGCCGUCACGUGCGCGAGGUUCACAUCCAACCCAAGGCAUACUUGUGUCCUCUUGUUGGUAUCUGCCCCCGUAGCAUCAUCGGCAACGGGUUUGGUCGUAUGCACCAGUUGAUCGACCACCUCAAGUCAGGGGUUCACAACAUGACACCGGGACAGGCUCGCAUGGAAGCUCAUCGACACAACUUCAACCGCAAACACAAUACCGGGGUCGAGGUCGAGGUCAAUGUCAUCAGCAGCAACAACAACAACAACAUCAAUGGUGCUGCUGCUGAUGAUGACCAAUACUGA